UCUCCCUCAGUCUCCUCAGCGGCGGCCAUGAUGGCGGAGGCUCCGGUUCCGUCUGCGGUUCCCGCUUCUCCUUCGCUUUCCUCGGAAGCGGAAGCCCGGCAGAGGCUGCUCCGGAAUGCCAAGAAGGAGGUCAAGCAAAUAAUGGAAGAAGCUGUGACCAGGAAGUUCGUCCACGAAGACAGCAGCCAUAUCAUUUCCUUCUGCGCGGCGGUGGAGGCGUGCAUUCUGCACGGGCUCAAGCGCCGGGCGGCCGGUUUCCUGCGCAGCAACAAGAUGGCCGCCCUCUUCCUGAAGGCCGCCAAGAGCUUCCCUCCCGCCGAGGAGCUCUGCCGGAAAGUCCAGGGUCUCGAACAGGCCAUCGAGAACAUGCGAAAUCAAGGGCCCGGGAUGCAGGAAAAUAUUCGCAACAAAAUGGCAAAAUUCCCGAAUCUUUCUCCGCAAGCCAUUCGUCACCUUUGGAUCCGGACGGCGCUUUUCGAAAAAGUCCUGGACAAAAUCGUCCACCACUUGGUUGAAAACAGCAGUAAAUACUACGAGAAAGAAGCCUUGCUGAUGGACCCAGUUGACGGACCGAUCCUCGCUUCGUUACUUGUGGGGCCCUGUGCCUUGGAAUACACCCGGAUGAAGACCUCGGACCACUUCUGGACCGACCCCUCGGCCGACGAGCUGGUCCAGCGCCACCGCAUCCACGGCUCCGCCCACUCCUCCCACGGCCGCCAGGACUCCCCCACCAAGCGCCCCGCCCUCUGCAUCCAGAAACGACACUCGUCCAGCGGGAGCAUGGACGACCGUCCGUCCGUCUCGGCCCGGGAUUACGUGGCCUCCCUCCACCAGAACAACCGGGCCACCCUCCUCUACGGCAAGAACAACGUCCUGGUCCAGCCGAGAGACGACAUGGAGGCCAUCCCGGGCUACCUGUCCCUCCACCAGACGGCCGACGUGAUGACCCUCAAGUGGACCCCCAACCAGCUCAUGAACGGAUCCGUGGGGGACCUCGACUAUGAGAAGAGUGUCUACUGGGACUACGCCAUGACCAUCCGCCUGGAGGAGAUCGUCUACUUGCAUUGCCACCAGCAAGUGGACAGCGGGGGCACGGUGGUGCUGGUGAGCCAGGACGGGAUCCAGCGGCCGCCCCUCCGCUUCCCCAAGGGGGGGCACCUCCUCCAGUUCCUCUCCUGCCUCGAGAACGGGCUCCUGCCCCACGGACAGCUGGACCCCCCUCUGUGGUCCCAGCGGGGAAAGGGGAAGGUCUUCCCGAAGCUGAAGAAGAGGAGCCCCCCGGGGUCCUCGGAGUCGGACAAGGAGGACGAGGAGGCCACGGACUACGUCUUCCGGAUCCUCUACCCGGGAAUGCCCUCCGACUUCGUUUCCCAGGACAUCAUGGACGCCACGUCAGGGGCCAUCCCACCCAUGUGGCAGCCCAGCACCCGGAAGUCCUCCUGCUCGUCGUGUUCCCACGGUGGGUCCACUGAUAGCGGACCGCCCAACGGGUGCAACCACGAAAGGACUCCACUCAAGCUCCUUUGCGACAACAUGAAAUACCAGAUCCUUUCUCGGGCGUUUUACGGAUGGCUGGCCUACUGCCGCCAUCUUUCCACUGUGCGGACUCACCUCUCGGCGCUGGUCAACCACGACAUUGUGUCCCCGGACGUGCCUUGUGACGCGAGUGCGGGUCUGACGGCCGAGGUCUGGGAGGGGUAUCUGCAGGACAAUACGAAAACCGACGAAAACGAGUUGUUACGUCUGGUCUACUUCGGGGGCGUCCAGCACGAAAUCCGGAAAUCCGUUUGGCCGUUCCUCCUCGGACAUUACCGAUUCGGGAUGUCCGAAGCAGAGAGGAGAGAGGUGGACCUCCAGACCCGUUCCGGCUACGAGCAGACCAUGGCGGAGUGGCUGGGCUGCGAGGCCAUCGUCCGGCAGCGCGAGAAGGAGUCCCACGCGGCCGCCCUGGCCAAGUGCUCCACGGGGGCCAGCCUGGACUCCACCAUGGAGCGCCUCGUGCACGGACACUCCACCCUCAGCAGCGAGUCUUCUCAGAGCAGCAGUUCCGGCCCACAGAAACUGACCCGGCUUCAGAGCGACUCGAGCGGGAGCACCCAGGUCUUCGAGUCGGUCGACGAAGCGGAACAAGCCGAGUCCAAACCCGACGACGACAACGACGCCGGCGACGAAUCGAAACCCCCGGACCGGAUGGAUUCCGACGACGGUUACGAGGCGGAAAGGACAACGACCGUGGUGGGGGACGGCGGGGGCGAAUCGCGGGGCCCCGGGGGUCCAGAGAAGAGCUGGGCCGACCGCAACGGGGAGCGCCCGGCCUCGAGCGAGGAGGAGGAGGACGACCUCUCGGAGGAGCCGGAGAUGGAGAGCCUCUACCCGCCGCUGGCCGUCACCGACCUGACCGUCCGGGAGGCCUCGCCCGUCUCGUCCUCGGGGGUCACUUACUCGCCCGAGCUGCUGGACCUCUACACGGUCAACCUCCACCGGAUCGAGAAGGACGUCCAGCGGUGCGACCGGAACUACUGGUACUUCACUCCGGCCAACCUGGAGAAGCUCCGGAACGUCAUGUGCAGCUACGUCUGGCACCACCUGGACAUCGGCUACGUCCAAGGGAUGUGCGACCUCUUGGCCCCGCUGCUGGUCAUCCUGGACGACGAAGCCCUUGCGUUCAGCUGCUUCUCCGAGCUCAUGAAGAGGAUGAACCAGAACUUCCCCCACGGAGGAGCCAUGGACACACACUUCGCCAACAUGCGGUCACUCAUCCAGAUCCUGGACUCGGAGCUCUUUGAGCUGAUGCACCAGAACGGGGACUACACCCACUUCUACUUCUGCUACCGCUGGUUCCUCCUGGACUUCAAGAGAGAGCUCCUCUACGGGGACGUCUUCUCGGCCUGGGAGGCCAUCUGGGCGGCCCGCCGGACGUCCUCCUCGCACUUUGUGCUCUUCCUGGCCCUGGCGCUGGUGGAGCUCUACCGGGACAUCAUCCUCGAGAACAACAUGGACUUCACCGACAUCAUCAAGUUCUUCAACGAAAUGGCCGAGCGUCACGACACGGCGGCCAUGUUGAAACUGGCCCGGGACCUGGUCUACAAGGUCCAGACCCUCAUCGAGAACAAGUGAACGGAGUUGACGGACAGGUGGAUGGACGGAUUGAUGGACAGAUGGGAGUUGUAGUCCUGCCGUAUUCGCCGAUUGGGUGGCAUUGGGGGGAAAGGGGUGGAGACAGAAGCAGAGCCCGUCAAUCAAUCAAUCGAUCAAUUCAGAAGGUGGAAGGAGAAUCAAUCGGUCUAUUGAUUGAUCGAGAAGAGAGAUCAUCCAUCAAUCAAUUAAUUGGUCGAUCAAUUCAGAAGUUGGAAGAAUAAUCAAUCGAUUAUCAAUUCAGAAGUUGGAAGGAUAGUCAAUCGGUCUAUCGAUUGAUCGAGAAGAUAAACAAUCCAUCAAUCAAUUAAUUGGUCGAUCAAUUGAGAAGUUGGAAGGAGAAUCAAUCGGUCUAUCAAUUGAGAAGAUAAACAAUCCAUCAAUCAAUUAAUUGGUCGAUCAGUUCAGAAGGUGGAAGGAGAAUCAAUCUAUCUGUCAAUUGAGAAGAUAAACAAUCCAUCAAUCAAUUAAUUGGUCGAUCAGUUCAGAAGGUGGAAGGAGAAUCAAUCUAUCUCAAUUGAGAAGAUAAACAAUCCAUCAAUCAAUUAAUUGGUCGAUCAAUUGAGAAGUUGGAAGGAGAAUCAAUCAUUCUAUCAAUUGAGAAAAUAAACAAUCCAUCAAUCAAUUAAUUGGUCGAUCAAUUGAGAAGUUGGAAGGAGAAUCAAUCGGUCUAUCGAUUGAUCGAGAAGAUAAACAAUCCAUCAAUCAAUUAAUUGGUCGAUCAGUUCAGAAGGUGGAAGGAGAAUCAAUCUAUCUGUCAAUUGAGAAGAUAAACAAUCCAUCAAUCAAUUAAUUGGUCGAUCAAUUGAGAAGUUGGAAGGAGAAUCAAUCAUUCUAUCAAUUGAGAAAAUAAACAAUCCAUCAAUCAAUUAAUUGGUCGAUCAAUUGAGAAGUUGGAAGGAGAAUCAAUCAUUCUAUCAAUUGAGAAGAUAAACAAUCCAUCAAUCAAUCGAUUAAUUGGUCGAUCAAUUCAGAAGAUGGAAGAAGAAUCAAUCUAUCUGUCAAUUGAGAAGAUAAACAAUCCAUCAAUCGAUUAAUUGGUCAGUCAAUUCAGAAGGUGGAUCGAUUGAUCAAACCAUCAAUCAGUCAGCCGAUCAAUUCAGAAGGUGGAAGGGGAAUCAAUAGAUUUAUUAAUUGAGAAGAUAAACAAUCCAUCAAUCAAUCAAUCAAUCGGUCAAUCAGUCCAGAAGUUGGAAGGAUAAUCAAUCAUUCUAUCAAUUGAGAAGAUAAACAAUCCAUCAAUCGAUUAAUUGGUCAAUCAAUUCAGAAGGUGGAUCGAUUGAUCAAUCAGUCGGUCGAUUAGUUCAGAAGGUGGAAGGAUAAUCAAUGGAUCUAUCAAUUGAGAAGAUAAACAAUCCAUCGUGGAACAAUAAUCAAUCAGUCUAUUGAUUGAGAAAAUAAAUAAUCCAAUUCAGAAGUUGGAAGGAGAAUCAAUCUGUCUAUCGAUUGAUCGAGAAGAUAAAUCAUCCAUCAAUCAAUUAAUUGGUCGAUCAGUUCAGAAGUUGGAAGGAGAAUCAAUCGGUCUAUCGAUUGAUCGAGAAGAUAAAUCAUCCAUCAAUCAAUUAAUUGGUCGAUCAGUUCAGAAGUUGGAAGGAGAAUCAAUCGGUCUAUCGAUUGAUCGAGAAGAUAAAUCAUCCAUCAAUCAAUUAAUUGGUCGAUCAGUUCAGAAGUUGGAAGGAGAAUCAAUCGGUCUAUCGAUUGAUCGAGAAGAUAAAUCAUCCAUCAAUCGAUUAAUUGGUCGAUCAGUUCAGAAGUUGGAAGGAGAAUCAAUCAUUCUAUCGAUUGAGAAAAUAAACAAUCCAUCAAUCAAUUAAUUGGUCGAUCAGUUCAGAAGUUGGAAGGAGAAUCAAUCAUUCUAUCGAUUGAGAAAAUAAACAAUCCAUCAAUCAAUUAAUUGGUCGAUCAUUUCAGAAGUUGGAAGGAGAAUCAAUCGGUCUAUCGAUUGAUCGAGAAGAUAAAUCAUCCAUCAAUCGAUUAAUUGGUCGAUCAGUUCAGAAGUUGGAAGGAGAAUCAAUCAUUCUAUCGAUUGAGAAAAUAAACAAUCCAUCAAUCGAUUAAUUGGUCGAUCAGUUCAGAAGUUGGAAGGAGAAUCAAUCAUUCUAUCGAUUGAGAAAAUAAACAAUCCAUCAAUCAAUUAAUUGGUCGAUCAUUUCAGAAGUUGGAAGGAGAAUCAAUCGGUCUAUCGAUUGAUCGAGAAGAUAAAUCAUCCAUCAAUCGAUUAAUUGGUCGAUCAGUUCAGAAGUUGGAAGGAGAAUCAAUCAUUCUAUCGAUUGAGAAAAUAAACAAUCCAUCAAUCAAUUAAUUGGUCGAUCAUUUCAGAAGUUGGAAGGAGAAUCAAUCGGUCUAUCGAUUGAUCGAGAAGAUAAAUCAUCCAUCAAUCAAUUAAUUGGUCGAUCAGUUCAGAAGUUGGAAGGAGAAUCAAUCGGUCUAUCAAUUGAUCGAGAAGAUAAAUCAUCCAUCAAUUGAUUAAUUGGUCGAUCAAUUGAGAAGUUGGAAGGAGAAUCAAUCAUUCUAUCGAUUGAGAAAAUAAACAAUCCAUCAAUCAAUUAAUUGGUCGAUCAUUUCAGAAGUUGGAAGGAGAAUCAAUCGGUCUAUCGAUUGAUCGAGAAGAUAAAUCAUCCAUCAAUCAAUUAAUUGCUCGAUCAAUUCAGAAGGUGGAUCGAUUGAUCAAAGCAUCAAUUAGUCGGUCGAUUAGUUCAGAAGGUGGAAGGAGAAUCAAUCAAUCUGUCAAUUGAGAAGAUAAACAAUCCAUAAAUCAAUCAAUCAAUCAAUCAAUCAAUCGGUCAAUCAGUUCAGAAGUUGGAAGCAUAAUCAAUCAUUCUAUCAAUUGAGAAGAUAGACAAUCCAUCAAUCGAUUAAUUGCUCGAUCAAUUCAGAAGGUGGAUCGAUUGAUCAAAGCAUCAAUCAGUCGGUCGAUUAGGAGAAUCAAUCAGUCUAUUGAUUGAUCGAGAAGAGAAAUAAUCCAUCAAUCAAUUAAUUGGUCGAUCAAUUCAGAAGGUGGAACGAUAAUUGAUCUAUCAAUUGAGAAGAUGGAAGGAUGAUCUAUCAAUCGGUUGAUCGAUCGGUCGAUUGGUUCAGAAGUUGGAAGGAUAAUCAAUUGAUUAUCUAUUGAUUGAUCGAGAAGAGAAAUAAUCCAUCCAUCAAUUAAUCGGUCGAUCAAUUCAGAAGGUGGAAGGAGAAUCAAUCGAUCUAUUGAUUGAGAAGAAAAACAAUCCCAUUGAUCAAUGAAUAUUCCUCACAGCUUUGAUUAAUUGUUAACUAAUCACUGAACAAAAUGAUUAAAUUAAUUGACGAUUCAUUACACACCGAUUAACUAAAAAAAUAAUUGUUAAAUAACUGAAAUCAAUGAUUGAUUAUUAGUUGUUUAAGUUAAUCGUUCAUUGAGUGAUUAACGAACAAUUAAUUAAUUGUUAUGCUUUGUUAAUGGUAGAUUAACUAAAUUAAUGAUCAAUUGACUAUUGAUUAGCUGACAAGUACCAAUUAUUUGUUAAUGAAUUAAUAAUCAAAUAACUAAAAUUAAUUGGUGAUCAAUUAACAAUUUAGUAGUGAUGAAUGAUUGAUUAAUUGUUAAAUAAUGAUUAAUGAAUUUUUAUUUAAUUGUUAAUUGAUUCAUAAAAUGAUUAGUUAGUAAUUCAUUACUCAUUGAAUAAUUGAUCCGUAAGUUUAGUUAAUUUGUGAUAAUCAAUGAUUAAUUAACAAUUCAUUAAUUAUUCAUUAAUUAUUCAUUAAUUGAUCAUUAAUUUUAGUUACUUAGUCACGAAGAGACUAAACAACUGAGCAGCAGAAUAAUUAAUUGAUCAUUAAUUAAUUUUAGUGAUAAUGGUUAAUUAAUUCGUCAAUUGUUCAUUUAUUGGUCAUAAUUAAUAAAUAAUUAAUUGAUCACUAGUUAAUGUUAGUGAUAAUUAAUGGUUAAUUAAUUCAUUAAUUGAUCAUUAAUUGGUCAUAAUUAACGAUGAAUUAAUUGAUCAUUAAUCUUAGUGAUAAUUCAUGGUUAAUUCAUUAAUUGUUCAUUAAUUGGUCAUAACUAAUGAAUAAUUAAUUGAUCACUAAUCUUAGUGAUAAUUAAUGGUUAAUUCAUUAAUUGUUCAUUAAUUGGUCAUAACUAAUGAAUAAUUAAUUGAUCACUAAUUAUUCUUAGUGAUAAUUAAUGGUCAAAUACUUCAGUAAGUGUUCAUUAAUUGGUCAGCGAUAAUUAUUGAUUAAUUAGCGGUUAAUUGUUCAGGCAUUAAUUGAUCAUUCAUUUCAGUUCAGGUGUUAAUUGAUUAAUUGAUCAUCAAUUUCAGUUAAACAUUGUCAUGAUUAACUAUUGAUUAAUUAGCGGUUAAUUGUUCAGGCAUUAAUUGAUCAUUAAUUUCAGUUAAAAAUUGUCAUGAUUAACUAUUGAUUAAUUAGUGGUUAAUUGUUCAGGCAUUAAUUGAUCAUUAAUUUCAGUUAAAAUUGUCAUGAUUAACUAUUGAUUAAUUAGCGGUUAAUUGUUCAGGCAUUAAUUGA